AUGGAUUCCCUCUCCAUCAGCCAACCCCUUUCCCGACUCAAGCUCUCCCCAAAAUUCCCUCUCCUCCCCAAGCAUUCCAAUCCCCUGUUUCUUCCCCACCACCAAACCCAAAAAGCUCGCACCUUUACCCUCUCCGCCGUCCAAGACCAGGAAACCCAGCAGCCAAUCCAAGGCGGCGGCGGAGGGGACGACUACGGCGAGGUCGACAAGAUAAUCGGAAGCAGAGCCCUCGAAGGCGGCGCCGGGAUGGAGUACCUAAUCCAAUGGAAAGACGGCCACGAACCCUCCUGGCUCCUCUCCGACUACAUCGCAAAGGACGUCGUCGCCGAGUACGAAUCCCCCUGGUGGACCGCCGCCAAGAAGGCCGACGCUUCCGCCCUCCAAUCCAUCCUCGAAUCGGAACUCGGCGACGCCCGCGACGUCGAUUCCCUGGACCAAGCGGGCCGGACGGCACUUCAUUUCGUCUCGGGCCUCGGCUCCGAGCAGUGCGUGAAGCUGCUAGCCGAAUCCGGCGCCGACCUCGACCGCCGGGACAACGGCGGCGGGCUGACGGCGCUGCACAUGGCGGCAGGGUAUGUAAAACCGGGCGCCGCGAAAACCCUUUUGGAUCUCGGCGCCGACCCGGAAAUCGAGGACGACAGAGGGCUGACGCCGCUGGAUCUGGCGAGGCAGAUCCUGCAGGUGACUCCCAAAGGGAACCCGCUCCAAUUCGGGAGGCGAUUGGGGCUCGAGGCGGUGAUCAAGGUCUUGGAGGAGGGAAUGUUCGAGUACGCGGAGGUGCAGGAGGUAAUUGAGAAGCGCGGGAAAGGAGACGGCGCUGAGUAUUUGGUGGAGUGGAAGGACGGCGGCGAUCGCGAGUGGGUGAAGAAGGCGCUGGUCGCGGAGGAUCUGGUGAGGGACUUCGAGGCAGGGCUGGAGUACGCGGUGGCGGAGGCUGUGAUGGGGAAGAGAGUGAUCGACGGCGGGGAGGAGGAGAAGAAGGAGUAUCUGGUGAAAUGGACGGAUAUCGAUGAUGCCACGUGGGAGCCCGAGGAGAAUGUUGACCCUGAUUUGAUCAUGGAGUUCGAGGCUCGGGAAGGAGCCGGGUCGGCUCCUUGA